CUCUGAAAGCAGGCUAGCAUAAGGUUUUACAAGACUUAACUGAUGGAGAGGCCUGCUUUGAAUUUGACUUUGAUCAGAGGUGAAGGAAUUUGGAGAGUUCAUAAAGAUUUAUCCAAGAAUAGAUUAACUGAGGUUCCUACAGAGCUGUGCCAUUUCGUGUCACUGGAAACACUAAAUCUAUACCACAAUUGUAUUAAAAUUAUACCAGAUGCCAUAGUAAACUUGCAAAUGCUAACUUACUUAAAUUUGAGUCGAAAUCAGCUUUCUUCUUUGCCAGCUUGCCUGUGUGGUCUUCCUCUAAAAGUCUUAAUUGCAAGUAACAAUAAGCUAGGUUCCCUUCCAGAAGAGAUAGGUCAGCUAAAACAGUUAAUGGAACUGGAUGUCAGCUGUAAUGAAAUCACAGCUUUGCCACAGCAGAUAGGCCAGCUGAAAUCUUUAAAAGAACUGAAUGUCAGAAGAAAUUACCUCGAAGUUUUACCCCAAGAACUAGUACAGCUUCCCUUGGUAAAGUUCGACUUUUCCUGCAAUAAAGUUCUUGUGAUUCCAAUUUGUUUUAGAAAGAUGGUGCAGUUACAAGUAUUACUACUUGAGAAUAAUCCUUUGCAGUCUCCACCAGCACAAAUUUGUACAAAGGGUAAGGUGCAUAUAUUCAAAUAUCUGACUGUACAAGCCUGUCAGAUUAAAACAGCAGACUCGCUGUAUCUUAAUGCCAUAGAACAACAGCAUUUGCCUCAACCUGUGGAAGAGAGCAUUGAUGACAUCUACCCAAGUAAAAAGGACUCAGAUUCCGGUGUUGGUAGUGAUAAUGGUGAUAAACGUUUGUCAGCAACAGAGCCAUCUGAUGAAGAUACUAUCAGUUUUAAUGUUCCAAUGUCAGACAUUGUGGAAGAAGAUCAGGUUGUAAAGGAAGAUUCAGGUCACCAUGCUAACUCAAGAAAAGUGGAAUUCCAUCAAGGAUCUUCUCGCUUGAUUGUCAAUAAGUCAAGAGAAACAGGAAGCCAGUUUGAUGAACCGGAUACUCUUACUACUGAAUUUAUGAGUUACAUUAAGAGCAGAGCAGAAGAGUGUGAUGAAUUACUGAGAAUAGAAGAGGACACACAAUGGCAAACAGACGAAAUAAUAAAUUUAUCGGAAGAACAAGCUAUUGAUAUAGUGAUGAUAGAACAACUAAGAGAAGCAGUAGAUUUAUUACAGGAUCCCAGCAGCGGUCAAAUGCAGAUGGAGAUGUCUUCCCUUGGUCAGAGGGAACAUGCUGAAGAGGAACUGGAGUUUCAGAGGAGGAGGGAGUUGAUUAUGGAGAAAUCAAAGCCUGAAGUAAGAACUUUUGAACAGGGUGAAAAAUGGUCAUUGAGUCAGAAUGAUCUAAUCGUUUGGAAUACAAGUGGGCAGACCUCUCACGGUGAGAACAAGGAUAAAAUUCCAGCAAUGUCUCCUACUACAAACACCACAAUUCCUUUUGGCCUGAAGCCACGAUCAGCAGACCCAUCCCUCAGUCUUCCUCCUAUCUCCUUCAACACACUUACACAGGCACAAACAUGGGACAACUUUAGCUACAGUAUCCCAUCUGAAGGAGACAGUGACAAUGUAUUCUUAAGACCACAAAGAAAUUUGGAAUCAAUAGACCCACAAUUUACAAUUCGAAGGAAAAUGGAGCAGAUGAGAGAAGAGAGAGAGCUUGUGGAACAGCUACGUGAGAACAUUGAAACAAGACUAAAGAUUUGUUUACCUGAAGACUUAGGGUCUGCUCUGAUGGAUGGUGUAGUUCUCUGCCAUUUAGUAAAUCAUGUUCGUCCUCGAUCUGUAGGAAGUAUUCAUGUACCUUCACCAGCUGUACCUAAACUUAGCAUGGCCAAAUGCAGGAGAAACGUGGAAAACUUUCUGGAUGCAUGUAGAAAACUAGGGAUACCAGAGGAGAAGCUCUGCCUACCACAUCACAUCCUAGAAGAAAAGGGCUUGGUAAAAGUGAGCAUAACAGUACAAGCAUUGCUAGAUGUAACCACAGUGAAACAAGCUUUAUUCACAUGAAACUACUAUCUCUGCUGUUACCAGCUCCACUGUGCCAUCAAAGAAAAAAAGUACUGCCCAUCUUCUUUUCAAACUGCAUUGGAAAAAGAAAAAAGUGCUCCAAGAGUAUUAUUACACUUCUGAUUUUAAAAUCAUCUUUCAGACUGUACAUAUACAUCGAACUACAAACCAGAAACUAAACAUUUUCUAGAGCAGAUUGGCACUUCACUGCUUUUAUAGCUCACUUUGUACAGUACUUACUAAAACAGCCACCUCUCUGCCACUUAAAAAUGUGUGGAGUACACAGCUGUCUUGCAGCAAGAUACCUUCGUAUUAUUAAACUAAGAAUCAGUGUAAUCAUUUGGGGGGGGGAGCAGGGAGAGUAAAUCAGACUUCUACCAUGUUAGGUUUUUCUGCAGUCGCUUCAGGCUAUUGCCUUUUAAAAAUAUCCAGACAUAAAAUAUUUAUAUAAAUAUUAUUUAUUAGUGAGUUGUUAUUCAUCCUUUGGAUGCAAACUGUAAAUUAGGAAACUGUAUUUUAUUACUGCUUUUUUGUGGUUAAACACUUUAUUUUAAUAUAAAUAUUUAGUUAUUUUUUAUUCUACUUGGUGUGCAGUAGCUCUAGAUCUCCGUAAAUUGUAUUUUCUAAUAUGUAAGAUAAAAAGCAAACAACAUAGGUGCUUUUAUUAAAAGGACAGCUAGCUGGAAUGGCAUUCUUUAUUUCUUGAAUUUGUGGAACAUUGGUAAAAAUUUGUCUGCAUUCCAUUGAGUUUCCUACAUUCCAGUAGCACUUUUCCCCCCACUAGACUAAAUUGGCUGAAACUGAGAGCACACCCAUUUUAUUUGUAUAUAGAUGUUAAAAAAAAAAAAGGAAAGAUGUAAACUUGAAAAAUAAAUGUGAACACAUAUUUUUGAUUGCUUAUUUUACUAUGCACAAGACAUUUAACUUUUGCCACAACAAAAUGAGUGAUGUGCAUUAGGAUCAUGUGUCUUGAAAUAUAAUUUUGCACUGUAACUUGAUUUCUUUUAAAGACUACAGCACUACAGAACAAAUGUUAAAAAAUAGCACAAGAACGUUAAGAAGAAAAUUUACCAGAUAGCCAAAAAAUUCAAUGAUUCCUUCGAGAGGAGACAAAAUUAUGAAAAUUGCCAAAGGCAGUCUCAAAGACCUGAUCUUCCAGAUCCAACCUGCUGGGUACAGUGCUUCUCCUUCUAGUCUCCAUCAUUUUCCCACAGAAUUGAGCACAAUGUUCUGUGGUGAACAUUUGCAGGAUCAGACCUCUAAUCCCACAUCAGCAAUAGGAAAUAAAGUUCUUUUUCUUAUCACUACUUUAAAUUUUUUUAAGAGAUUUUGUUUAUAAGUGUAAUUUAUUAUUAAACCAUCACAUGUUUUAGAUCAAAAAGCUCCAGCACAGCGAUUCUCACAAUAUCUGGAACGUCCAUUUUUCUUUCAGAGGAGAAGCUAGUGAUGUAACUUCAGCAAGCAGGAGAGGAAAGCUGCAGGUGGUGAAGAGGCUAGCUGCUAGGGGUCCGUGGUCACACAAGCAGGUAGUUGGAAAUGCGGAAUGACAAAAAAGAGGCAAUGUGGCGGGAGGACUAAAUAUUUAAGUACGAGAAUGUGGAGAGAACUAUUGCAUAAAAACUUUCUGGAAGAAUGAUGCUUACUUGCAACUAUGAUGUAUCUGGGCAAAGCUACAUGCAUGUUCACACAGACACUGCAUUUAAAACCACCAGUAAUCCAAUAGCAGAUUUUUAAUGAUUAAUACAGUAUUUGAAUUCAGGCUACACUUUUUAAUACCACAAAUUGCCAAUGUGCUGGCAUGACAGCACUGUGUUAGGAGGAUGACAGUGGACUCGCAGACAAUGGGACGUACAGUAAGCAUGGAAUAUCUAGUUACUUCAACCAAAGCAAAAGCAUUUAUUUUACAGAGGGAACAUUGACUUAAAUUGUAAUUUUGAUUGGCAGCUAGCAUAUUGUUUCCUAUAACAUGUACUGUGCACUUUAACACUAAAUUAAAAUGUAUUUUAAUAUUUUACAGAGCUGCACAAAUAUCUGUUUUGUCAAAAAGCACGAACAAUGUAAAGAAAAUAAGUUUUCAAGUCAGAGUUUAUCAAAUUUUAAAAGCAUUCAAAGAUCGAGUAUAAAAAUAGGAAUAUUGAUUUCUGCAUCUUGAGGGAUAAAAUGCAGGUUUCCUGAGUAUUUUUUUACAAUGUAUAUAUGGCAACAUGAAGCUUUGUAAUUAUUAUUUUGACAAAUCUUGUUUUUUCAUAAUUAAAAUCUUGGUUUUCUCCUGAUAGUGUCUUUCAAUAUUUGCUUGAAGUUGGCUGUAAAUAAAUAGCUCUAAAUAUUUUGUAAUACAGCUUUUUUAUGCAGUCUUAACCUGUACGUCUAAAAUGAGAAUCUUCACCAAUCUUUGUACACUAUUUAUAUGUGCAAUAAAACAUGCAUGGCAAAUCUAUAAUAACCUCAGCAGUGAACAGAAUGUAUAUAGAAAAUCUUCACUGUAGUUACAAUUAAACUAUACUAUUUG